GGACCCGCAGGACCAGCAGAGAUCCGCAGUGAGUGUGAGCUGAUAAAGAAUUGCAGUUUGUGAUCCCUGCAGUUCUGUCAGGGAGUUCACUCCGGCACGUUCCGUGUCCCACACUCUCCCGGUGGCCUCUCCUCUCCAUGGCCCCCCUGGCUCACACCCUGGCACUGCUGGCAAUGACCUUGGCCACUGCAGCCAUUGAUGAGGAGCGGAUGGACAUGGCCCCAAACUCCUUUGAUGACCAGUACCGGGGCUGCGGCCCUGACAUGAUCGCGGCGUUGCCGGCCCUCAACCGCUCCGAGUUCCAGGACAAUCCUGUGUUCGCCCAGGCCUGGCUUAAGGCCGUGGCUGAGUGGCAGAGGAAGGGGUCCCCUGUGUCCCCUCUGUCAUCCUCAGCCCAGGCCAUCGCUGUCAUGGCCUACUCAAUGAAGUAUGUGUACAGGCCGUUCAAUGAUGCCGUGCGCGAGGCCGGGAGCUCCCCCCAGGAGUACAGGGACAACUUCCACUUCAAAACGUUGCAUUUCCUGCUGACCCAGGCCCUGGUGAAGCUGAGGGAGGAUCAGAAUGCGCAGUGUCGCAACGUGUUCCGGGGUGUGCAUGACAUCUGCUUCAUGGCGCAGCGUGGCCAGAGGGUCCGGUUUGGUCAUUUCACGUCGACGUCGCUGAGCAGGAAGGUCGCCGAAGGCUAUGGGACAGACACAGUAUUCCAGGUGUACACGUGCCACGGUGUGGACAUCCAGGCUUUUUCCUACGAUCGAGGUAACCGUGAGGUGCUGAUCCCGCCAUACGAAACCUUUGAGGUCACCAAAGUCACCCGGAAAGGGGACAAGGCAGAGAUCGAGCUCAGCUCCACCGGGACCUACAGCAAAUACAACUGCGAGUGGCUGGAAGGUGACAGCACAGGGGACAGCCUGGGGGAUGAGGACACCCGCCGUGGCGAUGGGGCCACCCAUGGUGGGAGCGUCCCUUUGACCCCCUUCCACCUUGGAGGCCUCGUCCUGGCCACCACAGCACUGGCAGUGGCCACUGGGAUCCUCUGAGCCACAAGGCCACCAACGUCACUGCUGUCACUGUGGCCACUGUGGCCAACAUCAUCACCAAGACUCCUUGAGCCACAAGGCUGCCACAGCCACUGCUACCACUGUGGCCACCAAGGCCAUUGUGCAAAUCCACUCUAUUAAAAGUUUGUACAAAACAAUUCCAAUAAAGAAUUCUUACAGAACCCA